CUAUACAUACGAUUCCACCUUCACACUAGUUUAUAAAUCUUAUAUGCUUCUCUCUCUCGUCCGCGAUCAAACAAGCUUUGUUCCCGAUACAACUUUCCAGCUUUUAAUCACUCAGCUCUCUCCGCUCCAUCACAUUAUCCAGAGGUCCGCUGUUUUGGAGGCACAGAUUGUUGUGUAUUGUAGAGAACAGGCCAUAUGCCUGGGAAUGAUAAGUACAACAAUAAUGCAUCUAUUUCGUCGAAUCGAAUAGAGAGAUUAUUACGUUACCGAGAGCUCAGAGAGCUAAGAAAGAGCGGUAAAGCUUCGUAUUCAAUUGAUACUACUAGUGAGGGAAUCAGGAAUUCUGGCCUGUCCGAGCUCGAUUUACGAGACGUGGAUGAUCUAGGAGUUUCUUAUGUAGAACAGUAUUUGGAAGGGGCUUUGGCUGCUCAUGCACUUGUUGAUGGAUUCGAAAGGCCUGAUGGAGAGCCUUGUAGGCAAAGGCUGCUGGUGGUGGCUAAUCGGCUUCCGGUGUCUGCAAUUAGGAGAGGAGAGGAGUCGUGGUCACUGGAGAUCAGUGCUGGUGGUUUAGUUAGUGCUCUUCUUGGCGUGAAGGAAUUUGAGGCGAGAUGGAUAGGUUGGGCUGGUGUGAAUGUGCCAGAUGAGGCUGGCCAGAAGGCACUUACGAAAGCACUUGCUGAGAAGAGGUGUAUACCUGUAUUCCUGGAUGAAGACCUUGUUCAUCAGUAUUAUAAUGGAUAUUGCAACAAUAUAUUAUGGCCCCUCUUCCAUUAUCUGGGGCUUCCCCAAGAAGACCGUCUUGCGACUACCAGAAGUUUUCAGUCUCAGUUUGCUGCAUAUAAAAAAGCAAAUCAAAUGUUUGCUGAUGUGGUGAACGAGCAUUAUGAGGAAGGUGACGUAGUGUGGUGCCAUGACUACCAUCUAAUGUUCUUACCCAAAUGCCUUAAAGAAUAUGACAGCAAAAUGAAAGUCGGUUGGUUUCUUCACACACCAUUUCCAUCUUCUGAAAUUCACAGGACGCUGCCAUCCCGAUCAGAGCUGUUACGUGCUGUUCUUGCUGCUGAUUUAGUUGGAUUCCAUACCUAUGACUAUGCAAGGCACUUUGUUAGUGCAUGCGCUAGAAUUCUCGGACUGGAGGGUACACCUGAAGGAGUGGAAGAUCAAGGAAGGCUGACCCGUGUGGCUGCGUUUCCUAUUGGGAUAGAUUCAGAGCGGUUUAUCCGAGCGCUCGAGGUUCCUGAAGUUCAAGAACACAUCAGAGAAUUAAAAGAAAGAUUUUCCGAGCGAAAGGUAAUGUUAGGUGUUGAUCGGCUUGAUAUGAUUAAAGGAAUUCCCCAGAAAUUAUUGGCAUUUGAAAAGUUUCUUGAAGAAAAUGCAUAUUGGCGGGACAAGGUUGUUUUACUGCAGAUUGCAGUGCCAACAAGAACAGAUGUUUCAGAAUAUCAAAAACUUACAAGCCAAGUUCAUGAAAUUGUUGGGCGCAUCAACGGUAGAUUUGGCAGUUUGUCUGCCGUUCCUAUUCAUCAUCUGGAUCGAUCGCUCGACUUUCAUGCAUUGUGUGCACUAUAUGCCGUCACUGAUGUAGCACUUGUCACAUCUUUGCGGGAUGGAAUGAAUCUUGUUAGCUAUGAGUUUGUGGCAUGCCAAGAUUCAAAGAAAGGAGUUCUUAUUCUGAGUGAAUUUGCAGGUGCUGCACAGUCUCUUGGUGCUGGAGCACUACUCGUGAAUCCCUGGAACAUUACUGAAGUUGCUUCUUCUAUCGGCCAAGCCUUGAAUAUGAAAGCGGAUGAAAGGGAAAAAAGACAUCACCAUAACUUUUAUCACGUCACAACUCAUACUGCUCAAGAGUGGGCUGAGACGUUUGUGAGUGAACUAAAUGACACUGUAGUUGAAGCUCAGCAAAGAAUAAGAGAAGUGCCACCAGUACUUCCUGUAAAAAAAGCAAUCAGGCACUACCUGCAAUCCAGCAACCGUUUACUCAUACUGGGAUUCAAUGCUACCUUAACCGAACCAGUUGAUACCCCUGGUAGAAGAGGCGGAGAUCAAAUAAGAGCGAUGGAGCUGAAAUUGCAUCAAGAUAUAAAAGAGUCCUUAAUGGAACUUUGCAAUGACCCAAAUACAACUGUUGUCGUCCUCAGUGGAAGUGAUAGAAACGUCUUGGAUGAAAAUUUCUCUGAGUACAACAUGUGGUUGGCGGCAGAAAAUGGUAUGUUUUUACGAGCUACAAGAGGAGAAUGGAUGACAACUAUGCCAGAGCAUUUAAAUAUGGAAUGGGUUGACAGCAUAAAACAUGUCUUUGAGUAUUUCACUGAGAGAACUCCUCGAUCACAUCUUGAACUGCGUGAGACUUCACUUGUAUGGAAUUAUAAGUAUGCAGAUAUUGAAUUCGGAAGAUUGCAAGCCAGAGACAUGUUACAGCAUCUCUGGACUGGUCCAAUAUCUAAUGCAUCCGUCGAUGUCGUUCAAGGUAGCAGGUCAGUCGAGGUUCGAGCAGUUGGUGUUACAAAGGGUGCUGCAAUUGAUCGAAUACUAGGAGAAAUAGUACACAGCAAAUCCAUUUCUACACCUAUUGAUUAUGUCUUGUGUAUAGGGCACUUCCUUGGGAAGGAUGAGGACGUCUAUUCUUUUUUUGAGCCAGAGCUUCCUUCUGAAUCCAUCAUAGGUCUUCCAAGAGCAAAGAUAAAUGAUUCCUUGAAGUCUCCUGGGGAGAGAAGACCUGCUUCAAAAUUACAAAACAGCAAAGGCAGUUCAAAAGUGCUACAUAACAGAAGUCAAAGACAUCUCCUGAACCCAGAAAGAAAGAAUACGAAUAGUAGUAACAAUAGUGCCCAGCCGCAUGGGCGACGACAAUCAUCAGAAAAGAUAUCAUGGAGUGUGCUUGAUCUCAAAGGAGAGAAUUACUUCUCCUGUACUGUUGGCCGCACUAGUUCCAAUGCUCGAUAUACUCUUGGAUCUUCACAUGACGUCGUUUCGUUUCUGAAAGAAUUGGCUAUGGAAGCUUCAUCAAUCUGAGCAAUCCAUCAAUGUUACAGGGAUAUCUAGCUAAUCUUAACUUAUUGCAAACGAUAUAUGCACGAGCUUUGGAACUGCUACCUACGGAUAUAUAACUUAAUCAGAUCAUAGGGUUUGCUCAUCUCCAACACAAAGUUCCCAUUGCUCCUUUAACGGUAUUCACUCUAGACCAUCUUAAUCUAGUGCGCAAUUCAGUGGUAUGUAGCAGCAUUAUAAUGGUUCAAUGUGUAACUAGUGUAAACAACAAUUUCCAGUUUUAGUGCAUCAACAUGGGCAGUGGAAGAAGUGUUUGAUGUCUUCAA